AUGGACGCGUCGUUUCAGGAAGUGGCGACGUUGCUCGCAUGGGCUACUUUCCUGAAAACCGAGUGUCAUGGAUCGGGAAGAUUCCUCGCGCUGAGGUUGCUUGCGCAGAUCAGCAUGCCUUGGUCUUCGUGGAUCAUGGGUUUGCCCCGGGAGACGUCGCUGAGUGCGAGAACUUGCGGGACAAUUGCCUGCACCUUGAGGCAGGUGAAAUGGUGGAGGUCUUGGCCGGUGGUUCUGGCUGGCUCUAUGGCCAGGUGGCUGGACACCCAGAGCGAGCAGGCUACUUCCCUGAGAACCGGGCGACUUGGCUUGGAGCCGACCUCAGCGGCAAAAUGGUGGCCUUCGCAGAAAGCUGCCUGUCACUGGCUGAGGGCGAUGUGGUGGAGGUUGCGGCCAGCGGCGGUGGCUGGGUUUAUGGCCGCGUGGUUGGAUCUCCAGAACGUCAUGGCUAUUUCCCGGAGACACGUGUGUCAGGGCCUCUUUGUUUCAUGA